AUGAUCAAGGCAGAAGAAGAGGAGUUUGUGUCAGAGGAGGGAGAGGAGCAGGUCAAAGAGGGAGAGGAGCAGGCCAAGAAGGGAGAGGAGCAGGCCAAGAAGGGAGAGAAGCAGGUCAAGGAGGGAGAGGAGCAGGCCAAGAAGGGAGAGGAGCAGGUCAAGGAGGGAGAGGAGCAGGCCAAGAAGGGAGAGGAGCAGGCCAAGGAGGGAGAGGAGCAGGCCAAGAAGGGAGAGGAGCAGGCCAAGAAGGGAGAGGAGCAGGUCAAGGAGGGAGAGGAGCAGGCCAAGAAGGGAGAGGAGCAGGCCAAGGAGGGAGAGGAGCAGGUCAAGGAGGGAGAGGAGCAGGCCAAGAAGGGAGAGGAGCAGGCCAAGAAGGGAGAGGAGCAGGUCAAGGAGGGAGAGGAACAGGUCAAAGAGGGAGAGGAACAGGUCAAAUAG